CACCUUUCCUGUGAUUUUUGAGGUUGUGAUUCUGUGGAUGCUAUUGUGCUAUAUAUCAGUACUGCACUCCAUACAAAAGUUGGCUUCAGAUGAAAGAUUCGCCUGCCUGCACAGUGCACACAAGUCACAACACAACAAUGGAUAGACACCGACCAACAAAAUGAGAUUACACAUCGAUCAAUUACGAUCAUUGAUUAACUAUUUAUAAACUUGCUUUAAAGAGUUAAUUUCUUAAGCAUUUAUUAAUUUAACCAAUUACAGUGUGUCUAGACAGAAGAAGUUUGUAUUUAUUCCUGCUGACUAUCGGCGUAUCCGGGCGUUGUAGAAAAUUUCAGGAAUGGAACUGGUGUCGCUAGUCAAGGAGGUGCUGCAGAGCGUGGCAGAGCGCGCGGCGAGCUACCGGCUCGGCCAGUCAGCGCUCCGGUACAUGGACCGCGCGCUUUGGGUCGUCGAAAAGAGCGCGCGAUGGGCCGUGCCGCCACCGCUGGAUCAAGACGAGCGGCCGCAGCCGGAGCUCAUUCGACCGCUGCCAUGGGUGUUCUUCCUCGCUCUCCUCAUAAUGCUACGGGUCACACGAGAGUCCAUAUCGCUGAUCAACCUCGCUCUGGGCAAACCUCCGCUCAGAUCAGCUGAUGUUGUAACAUAUUUACAAGGCAAGCGCCGCUACCUCCGUACGCUAAAGUACCAAGGCAACAGAAUGAUGAGAGCGCGCACUGAACAAGUCACUAGAGAGUCAUGGUACAGCCACUUGCAGUCGAUGUUCGAGUUUACCAUGUGCUUCCGGCGACAGCAUUAUGGAAAUAAUAAUACACAGCUUAUUAAUGGAGACGAGGUGUUGGUAGUGAAACGCAACAAAAGAAUACGGCCAGAAGCUAGCACUAUUGCAUCUACCAGUGAAACCAGCAUGGAGCGCCUUAUAGAGAAGAUGAUGGUUGACGUCGACGUAGACUCUGAUGAGUCUUCUAGUUACACUCUAACAAACAUUACGAGUGGUCGUAGCGAUAGAUCCGACUACAACACCGAUUCGGACCAAGAGACUGCUUCAAACACAAAAACCCAAGUAAAACAUAAUCAAGAUAGUAGAACCGUGAAACAAACUCAAGACAAUACUUCUCUAACAGCUUUGAGUACAAAAACACAAGUUAAACAAAGUCUAGAUAGUAAAACUGUAAAACAAAGUCAAGAUAGUAAAACCGUAAGAGAAACUGAAGACAGAAUUUCUCUACCCGCUCCUUAUACAAAAACACCAGAAAAACAAAGUCUAGAUAGUAAAAAUGUGAAUGAAACCCAAGACAAUACUUCUCUGACCACUUCUAGUACGAAAACAACUGUAAAACAAAGUCAAGAUAGUGAAACCGUAAAAGAAACUGAAGACAGUAAUUCUCUGUCCGAUUCUAAUACAAAAACGCCAAAAAAGCAAAGUCUAGAUAGUAAAACUGUUAAAGAAACUCAAGACAAUACUUCUCUCACUACUUCUAUUACAAAAACAUCAGAAGAAGAAAGUCAAGAUAGUGAAACCGUAAAAGAAACUGAAGACAGUAAUUUUCCAACCGCUUCUUAUACAAAAUCAUCAGUAAAACCAAGUCAAGAUAAUAAAACCGAAAAAAAGAUUCAAGAAAAUACUUCUCUGACCUCUUCGAAUAUAAAAACACCAGUAAAACAAAGUCAAGAUACAUCUGUAAGAUUUACAUCUGUAAAAGAAUCUCAAGAUAAUAAUUCUUUAACCGUUUCCAAUACAAAAACACCUGAAAAACAAAGUCUAGAUACUAAAACGGAAAAAGAAUCUGAAGACAGUACUUCUCUGACCGCUUCGAAUACAAAAACAUCAGUGAAAAAGAGUCACGAUAGUAAAACCGUUAAAGAAACUCCAUUAAAACAAAGCCAAGAUAGUGAAACUGUAAAAGAAACUGAAGGUAGAAAUUCCCUGGCCGCUUCUUAUACAAAAACACCAGUAAAACAAAGUCAAGAUAACAAAACUGAAAAAGAAACUGAAGAUAAUACUUCUCUGACAGCUUCUAGUACAAAAAUACCAGUAAAAAACCAUCAAGACGAUAAAACAGUGAAACAAGACAUUUCCGCAAAAGGAAACAAUAUAGCAAAAUCUAAACCAAAGAAAAGCAACACAGAUAAAUCAACUGUCUUUGACGAAUUAAACGAUUCAAUGGCGAGGUUAGAAGGAGAUAGCGUUAUUAAACAAGAAAGAGGUAGCGAUACGAAAGAAGCUACGAUGGAUUUCAUACAAAAUGAGAUUGGCUCUCAUAGGAGUGAAGAUGGCUAUAGACAGUAUAAAAUUGCAAAUGGACAGUUGAUGACGGACCUUACAGCAACAGAAAGAUAAAAUGUGCGAUGGACAAUAUUAUGGAGG